AUGUCUCUAGUUCGCUGGUUAAAGAAAGUUAAUUCUCCUCGAACUCCUGGUCUGCCUGAUCCGAAUCUCUGUACAACAGAAGAAGAAGCCACGUCAACUCAAGCCGCCAAUGAUCAAAUCGAUCAACUUGUGGCCACUUCAUCAACCCGUCGAAAAAGAAAACGAGGCCAGUACAGUUUCUACAACGCUGAAACUCGAGCUAAAAUAGCGAAGUCUUCAAUCGAAAUUGGCGUAAUGAAGACAUCGAGAAAAUUCAGCAAAGAGUUGAACAUAAACGUGAACGAAAGCACAGUUCGAUAUGGAAAGCCGUAA